CCUGAAAGACUAAGAUUUUUCUACUACAUUGCGGGUUCUGGUGGUGUUGGCCCAACAACAUUGGCGUCAAGUUUUUUGCUUCUUGGGGAGGAUGUCAUUGCAUGUAACAAAGGAGAGGAAAUCAAGCUGAAGCCCUACAGUGGAGCUCUAAACAUUGAUUUUGGAAAGGGGGUUGGGAAGAAAAAUGUUUACUUACUGAAUUUGCCUGAGGUCAAGAGCACAUUUAAGGUUUUAAGGGUCCCAACCGUUAGUGCUCGAUUUGGUUCUGAUCCUUUCAUCUGGAAUUGGGGAAUGCAUACUUUUGCAAACUUUUUACCAGUUAAGUACUUGAGGGACAAAAAUAAGGUUUCAAAGUUAGUUGAGGUCAUCGAUCCCAUUGUUCGAACCAUUGAUGGCAUUGCAGGACAAUGUGUCUCCAUGAGAGUAGACUUGGAGUAUUCAAAUGGCCAGAAUAUUCAUGGAUUAUUUACUCACAGGAAGCUAUCUAUAUCGGUCGGCUAUGCAGCAACUGUAUUUGUUUUAGCAAUUCUUGAGGGCAACACACAGCCAGGCGUCUGGUUUCCAAAAGAGCCAGAGGGAAUAGCAACAGAAGCAAGGAAGUUGCUUCUUGAACGUGCAACUCAAGGAGCAACCAACUUUCUGAUGAACAAGCCUUCAUGGGUGGUGGAAACGGGUUGGAAUGAAGUUCACCAAGGAAUUUAUGUGUGAGAAUGUAAUGUGGGAUCAAUUACCUGUCUGUCAACUUAAUAUGCAAUUUUCGUUACAAGAAUGUUGGAGUAAAUUUUCGGCACUUGGCAAGAAGCUGAGGGCGAUACCA